UCAUAUAUAGUCCUCCUCGAAAUAGAACAAACAAAACCCUAAGGGUUCUUCCGAUCGCCGCCGGAUUUUAACCCUUACAUUGUCACUCUCUCAUUCCAUCUUGUUGCACGAACCCUCACCUCAAUUUCACCCUUAUUACUGAUUUCUUUUCACUAAUUAUGCCGUGCUUAAAUUUGUUUUCCCAACCUGACUGAUUCUUCAGUUAGUUUUCGUUUCAGCUCUGCGAAUGACCUGGGUAUAAUUUUCAUGGCCAUAAUUUAUUGUGACUAUUAUUGUUUUGAUUUUAAGUUUCGUUCGCAGCAGUUAUGAGUGAGCACGCCUGAAGUUGUGAAUAUGGGGCUUACGCGAUUUGGUGGGAAAAGUUUGGGUUUUUGAGUUGUUUAGCGGUUUAGGGUUUGAGGAUAGUGAUCAGGUUGUGGUUGGUGAAACCACGAUGAUCAAAUUGAGUUUUUGAUAAUGUUGUCUGAAUUGGGGACAAGACCGAUGCUUGGUGGUAACGAAGGUUCCUUUGGGGAUGAACUGGAGAAGGAGAUAGGGAUGUUGCUUCGUGAGCAACGAAGACAGGAGGUUGAUGAUCGUGAACGUGAACUCAAUCUGUAUAGGAGUGGAUCGGCGCCUCCAACUGUGGAAGGUUCCCUCAGUGCAGUUGGAGGGUUGUUUGGAGGCGGUGGCGGUGGCGCUGGCACCGCCGCUGGUGCGGUGUUUUCGGAGUUUUCUGGGGCCAAAAGUGGGAAUGGUUUUUCUUCUGAGGAAGAGCUUAGGUCUGAUCCGGCUUAUCUUUCAUACUAUUACUCCAAUGUGAAUUUGAAUCCCCGGCUUCCGCCUCCUUUGCUCUCAAAGGAGGAUUGGAGGUUUACACAGAGACUAAAAGGUGGAGCUUCUGUUCUUGGUGGAAUUGGAGAUAGGAGGAAAGUGAACAGGGCUGAUGACAAUGGUGGCAGAUCACUGUUUGCGACUCCUCCCGGUUUUAACAUGAGGAAACAAGAGAGUGAGGUGGAGAGUGAAAAUCCAAGAGGUUCGGCUGAGUGGGGUGGUGAUGGACUCAUUGGUUUGCCUGGCUUAGGUCUUGGCAGCAAACAAAAGAGCCUUGCAGAAAUUUUUCAGGAUGAUUUGGGACUUAACGCUUCUGUCACUGGCUUUCCAUCUCGUCCUGCCAGCCGUAAUGCAUUUGAUGAAAAUGGCGAUAUCAUAUCAUCUGUUGAAUCAGAACUGGCUCAUUUACGUCGUGAUUCCUUGGCCACUGAUACCUUAAGAUCUGUAUCAAAUGUCCCUGUGUCAUCUGCUGCCCAAAAUACUGGCCCACAAGCUUCCUAUUCUUAUGCUGCUGCACUAGGUUCUUCCUUGUCGCGUAGCACUACUCCUGAUCCACAACUUGUUGCUAGGGCUCCCAGUCCCUGCCCCACACCUAUUGGGGGUGGGAGAGUUGUAGCUGCUGAGAAGAGAGGUAUUAACAGUCCUGAUGCUUUUAAUGGUGUUUCAUCUGGAGUCAAUGAGCCUGCAGAUAUUGUGGCUGCAUUGUCUGGCAUGAAUCUGUCAGCUGAUGAUGUGUUAGAUGGUGAUAGCCAUUUCCCGUCACAGGUUGAGUCAGAUGUUGAUAAUCAUCAGAGAUACCUAUUUGGCAUGCAAGGUGGUCAGGAUCCUGGCAAACAACAUGCAUACUUAAAGAAGUCUGAAUCAGGACACUUGCAUAAAUCUGCUUACUCUGAUUCAGGUAAGAAUGGUGGGAGUAUGUCAGACAUCAACAAUCCAUCUUUGGAUAGGCAUGCUGAGCUACAAAAGUGUGCUGUUCCUCCCAAUAACUCAUACUUCAAGGGAUCACCUACCUCAGCUUUUAGUGGUGGAGGUGGCGUGCCUGCUCAGUACUCGCCCUUAGAUGGUACUAAUUCAGCAUUUACUUACUAUGGCCUGAGUGGGUACGCUGGAAAUCCAGCAUUGGCAUCCUUGGUGGCUAGCCAACUUGGAACUAGUAAUCUGCCACCCUUAUUUGAAAAUGUUGCUGCAGCAUCAGUGAUGGCAGCUCCUGGAAUGGACUCAAGAAUUCUUGGAGGUGGUUUGUCUUCUGGAGUUGCUGCUCCAUCUGAUGUGCAUGGUCAUGGUAGAAUGGGAAAUCAAAUUGCAGGUGGUGCUCUUCAGGCUCCUUUUGUUGAUCCCAUGUAUCUUCAGUAUAUAAGGUCAUCUGAGCUUGCUGCUGCACAACUUGCUGCUCUCAACGACCCUUCUGUGGACAGGAACUACUUAGGCAACUCAUACAUGAAUUUACUUGAGCUUCAGAAGGCUUAUCUUGGGACACUGCUUUCACCUCAGAAGUCACAAUACAAUGUUCCUCUGAGUGCUAAAUCAGGUGGCUCCAAUCAUGGUUAUUAUGGAAAUCCUGCGUAUGGCUUAUCUUACCCAGGAAGUCCAAUGGCAAACUCUUUAUCUACUUCGCCUGUUGGAUCUGGAAGUCCUAUUAGGCACAAUGACCUGAAUAUGCGUUUUGCUUCUGGAAUGAGGAAUUUAGCUGGGGUCAUGGGACCAUGGCACCUAGAUGCUGGUAACAUGGAUGAAAACUUUGCUUCAUCACUUUUGGAAGAGUUUAAAAGCAAUAAAACCAAGUGUUUUGAGCUUUCUGAAAUUUCUGGUCAUGUUGUUGAAUUCAGUGCUGAUCAAUAUGGGAGCCGGUUUAUUCAACAAAAGCUUGAAACUGCAACUACUGAAGAAAAAAACAUGGUUUAUCAAGAAAUCAUGCCUCAAGCUCUUGCUUUGAUGACUGAUGUCUUUGGUAAUUAUGUGGUUCAGAAGUUUUUUGAGCAUGGACUUGCAUCCCAGAGAAGAGAGUUAGCCAACAAGCUUUUUGAACAUGUUCUGACGCUUAGCCUUCAAAUGUAUGGUUGUCGGGUCAUUCAGAAGGCCAUAGAAGUUGUUGAUCUGGACCAGAAGAUAAAGAUGGUUCAAGAACUUGAUGGAAAUAUCAUGCGUUGUGUGCGAGAUCAGAAUGGCAAUCAUGUAAUUCAGAAAUGUAUUGAAUGUGUCCCUGAAGAUGCAAUCAACUUUAUUGUCUCAACUUUUUUUGAUCAAGUUGUGACACUAUCAACCCAUCCAUAUGGUUGCCGGGUGAUACAGAGAGUACUGGAGCAUUGCAAAGACCCUAACACCCAGCAAAAAGUUAUGGAUGAGAUUUUAGGAGCAGUUAGCAUGUUAGCCCAGGAUCAGUAUGGCAAUUAUGUUGUCCAGCAUGUACUUGAGCAUGGGAAACCUCAUGAGCGAUCCGCCAUUAUCAAGGAAUUAGCAGGAAAGAUAGUUCAAAUGAGUCAGCAGAAGUUUGCCUCAAAUGUUGUGGAGAAGUGUUUGACCUUUGGAGGUCCUUCUGAACGCCAAUUACUUGUGAAUGAGAUGCUUGGUUCCACAGAUGAAAAUGAGCCUCUUCAGGCAAUGAUGAAAGAUCAAUUCGCCAACUAUGUUGUACAAAAGGUGCUGGAGACUUGUGAUGACCAACAGCGAGAGCUAAUUCUUUCACGAAUUAAAGUUCAUUUGAAUGCAUUGAAAAAGUACACCUAUGGGAAGCAUAUUGUUGCUCGUGUAGAGAAACUUGUUGCUGCUGGAGAGAGGAGAAUUGCUGCUCAGUCUCCUCAUCCUGCUUAGGUGGGCAUAGAAAGUUGUUUGUACAGCUAACUGAGGCUAGUGUGAGCUUCCUCCUCUCUUUUCCUGCAUCCGGAGGUUAUGUUUAUUCCUAUCUCAAUCUGUCGUGAUGGGUAGUGGCCGAUUGGAAAUAAAAACACUAUCGGUUUUAAUGAAGAACUGUACAUUUUGUAGUCCAAAGUUUAUACAUAGAAGAAGAAUUUAAGUGAGGCGAGGCUCAGAUGUGUAAUACUCACCUGAUGCCCCCCUGCAGCAGAGGAGAUAAAGCGACAAUACGAGCCUUUUUAAGGAUGUAAAGUUUUAUAAAACGAACGGUGAGGUAGUUUAUAAGUUGACGCGACUGUACAAAAUGUUGGCAUGUUGAGAGCUGUUUAUGUUUAGGUGAGAGCAGGGUUUUUCUUUCAUGUAUGUUUAUUGACUUUAUUAUGCCCCAAUUUUACAAGUUUACUUUCCCCUUCAUUUA